ACUGCCUAUGCGCUGUUUACAUCAAUAUAUUGCCAAAUAAACAAACAAACUAAAUAAAAUAUAGUAAGUUAAUUUUGGUGUCGAUUCCGGCAUAAUUCUCUAAAGCUUAAAUUUUUGACAACAAUGUAUCCUUGUCUUUUUCUAUACAGAAUGAAAAGGAGUGACUAAUGUCAAAUUUAGUUAAGAGAAAUGCAUGCCAGAAUAUAUACCAUACCAUUCAUUCAUUUUUCGUCACAUCACUAUGAAUUUCUACCUAUUAUUUUUGUCAUUCAUUCGUGAUUUCGCGCCUUUUCUUUUGAUUGAAUUUUAUACUAGAAUACUAACUUUUUACAACUUAAAAAUACUUUUAUAUGAUAGGAAACAACAUGUUUCAGCAAGAUUGAAGUUGCAGAUCGGUUUUUGCGUGGGAAAACAACAUAAUUUUCCAUUUUUGUGGGAGCACGCUGCGGAACGAUCCAAAAUGGUAGCGGUCGCGCAUAAACUAGUUUUAUAUAACGAUCAUGGCCAGUGGCCAUGCCUGUCGUAAAUACUCUAAGUUUCAAGUUACACUUCUUUUGACAAAGCUGAAUAGCUUAGUUUUUGCCUUCUAAUAAAAACAAUGAAAAAUUGGUGACAUUGACAUGUCUGUCACUUGACAGGGGUCUACAUUGUACAUUGUAUUUUUUCAAUUUUUCAUGUGUUUUUCUCUCUGUGCAUUUUUUCAUUGAUUUGUAGGUAAUAUUUACUGAAAUGAAAAAUUGAUUUGAUUACUUAGCGACAAAAACAAAAUGUAUUCUUUUAAAAAAUCUUUUGAAUUAGCGUUAAUUAUCAAUAAUGUUACCAGAAGAAGUGCUUUGCAUCACCGCAGCUUUACCGUGACAUCUAGGGCUUUAUCAAGUACAAACGGAAUACCUGGAACAAGUAUUUCUUCAGAAGAAAGUAAUCUGACAGAUGCAGUGGAACAGAAAGGUGGAUUUGCAAAAGCCUACGAAAAACACACAAAUUUAACAGAUACUAGUGAACAGCCCUAUACAUUUUCAUCUCUGCUCCGUCAUUCAAAACUAAUGGAUCUUGGUGACCCUGCUGGUAAGAUAGUGAUUGGGAAGAUUUUCCAUGUAGUUGAAGACGACCUUUAUAUUGACUUUGGAUGGAAAUUUCAUUGUGUUUGUACUCGUCCAAUGAACAGAGGAAAUGAGUAUGUAAGAGGUGCAAGAGUUCGUAUCCAAAUAAAUGAUUUAGAACUAUCAUCAAGAUUUCUUGGUUCUAGUACUGAUCUUACACUUUUGGAAGCAGAUUGCAAAUUAUUAGGUAUAAUUUCUUCCCCUGUAAGACCAAAUGCUGAUGAUAAGUCUGUAUAGAACAAUUAGUUUGUUUGUAGUUAUUGUUAAAUGUAUUAUAUAAAAUAAAACAAAAUAAGUUUGUCGCACACAAAGCUUGUAUUAUUAUUUUAAGAAAUGGUAUCCCUGGCAUUGCCUGUCCCAACAUGACCCCAAAUAGCUCAAUAGGGUCAAAUGCUGACAUUACAAUCAAUUUAUGUACAGUAUUUUUUAUAAGCACACAAAAAUCCAAGUUCGUUGUCUUAUAAACUUUAUGGCAUCUGGUAUGUUACCAGGCAAUUAUAUUUGAAUUGCAAUGUUAUAGCCCUCCUGGUAAUCUCACUAGGAAACAACAAUGCAUUGCAUAAAUUUAAUAUUAAGAAAUAAUACUUUUUUGCUACUGUCUUCAGUAAGGUCCAGUUAAGAUUCCCAAACAUUAUGUUCCAGUUCAUGCAAAAAACUGCUGUGCUACUUUCUCAAAUUUAAAUUAUUACCAGUAAAACUUAAGUUUAGUAAUCAACUUCAGUUGUUAAUUAAAUCUGAAAAAAAAAAAUGCAAUCUGCCAAUUUGAUACCUGACACACUAUAAGCUGAUUUUGUUACAACCAUUUCAAAACAAUAAGGUAGGUUUUUGCUUUAAUGUAAAUAUCCCUGCAAAUAAACUUGUUGUUUUCUGAACAAUCAUAAUCAUUUGAUAUAAUUUUGACAUUAUUUGGAGGUGGUUUUGCCCCAUUGACUAAGGAUUUUCGUAUCUGUUUACACACUUAUUUUUAUAAUUUCAAGGAAUUGAAAGAGUUUCUGAUAAAUUUACGAUUUUAAAAGUGAUUUCUGAAUUCAAACCCCUUUUACAAUCUUAUCCAUAACAUGAUCUAUUUGAUUCAAAAUAAAGGUAAAAUUUCAAAUAUAUUAACACAGUUUUCUUGUUAUUAGACAGUCCUAAGUGAAUUACGCAUUCUCUACAAAGAAAAACUUGGCUAUUCUGGCAUUAUUAUGCGAAAUAUUGGGCAAGUGGGUCAAGAAUCAGUCUUUUUGAUUGUACCUGUUUUUUUUAUUUAUAUAAUUUCUUAAGAUCGUAAAAUUUCAAUGAAAAACAAAGAUCUCCCUGUAAAAGGGGGUGAAAAUAAACUGAUGGCCUGAUGGUAAGUGGCAAUCAUAGCCUAACCUGUGAUACUCAAGUAACAGUAAUGCUGCCUAUCUUGACUCCAUACCCUUAACCAUAGGGCCCUGGAAGGAACCCUUGAAGAAAUUUGAAGUUUUAGAUCUUAGUUAAAAUUAUAAGAUAUACAUUUAUUUGAAGAUCUUCUCUGCACUUGGUUAUCCUGAUUGUUGUUUCCUGGAAAAGGGCAUCUGAAAGACCUGUGAUGCGGGGUUUACAACAGGAAACAUCAUUUGUUUUGCUGUGAAGCGCAAGGAUGACUACACCGCGCACCGGACAACGCUCAGUGGGCAGGCCCCCCACUCGAUGGACCGACGACCUUGUGAAGGUCGCGGGAAACUACUUGAUACGUGUGUCGCAGGACCGAUUAGUGUGGAGAUCCUUUGAGGAGGCCUAUGCUCAGGAGUGGGCUUUAUACGGCUUAUAUGAUGAUAAUAAAUAACAAUGAGAAGCUUGAUGGCGCAGUGGGUUAGUGCGUUCGGCCUGCGAUUGUGGAAAAUAUAACUCGAUGGUCGCUCAUAGGAUGGGUGAUCAAAAAUUGAUAAUCUCCA